AUGAUUAUUCGCAUUCUGUCCCUCCAUGGAAUGGGCACCAAUGCUCGUAUUUUCGCCGCCCAAACAGCACAAUUCCGCAGUCUUCUAGCUCGAAAUUAUGAAUUUGUCUUCGUGGAUGGCAUGAUUGAGUGCGAUCCAGCGCCCGAAGUCUCAAACAGUUUUGAGGGGCCGUACCUAAGCUGGUAUCACAGUCCCAGUACUGCCGCAGUUGCUGUCGCUCAUGAAGCUGUGUACAAGGCAAUAGACGAACAAGGUCCGUUCGACGCCGUUUUGGGCUUUAGCCAGGGUGCCGCUGUCGCCGCAUCCUUGCUCGUCCACGCUCAGAUCAUGGACCAGAAACCUCCUUUUCAGGCCGCCAUCUUUAUUGGUUCGCCGCUUCCCUUCUCGCUCAGUGUGAACUACGGUAUAGACACUCGUACAUACUUUGGCAUUGCCGCUUCCUCGCCCAGUCGGCCCGGUGCACUCAUGCAAAUACCCGACUACCUAGUAACGGAUCCUGCGUAUUUGAAGGGCGAUAAGGGGAAUAAGGAAGUCUUCUAUCAGAUGUUUCAUGCUACUGUUGACCCUUACCGCAUCGGCAUCCCGACAGCCCAUGUGUAUGGACUGCAGGAUCAGUGGUAUCGCCACAGCAUGGACGUAGUGCAGCUAUGUGAUCGUGUAACGGUUGUAGAGCAUGGUGAUGGUCAUGGCGUGCCAGGAGAGUACAGUGAAGAAUUUGCCGAUGCGGUUGAGACAGUGAUGAUUGGGAUUGGGAGGUAG